AGUUUGUAGCUGCAGUCACACAAUUCCUGAUUAUACAUCCCAGGAAAAUCCUGAAAUUCCUCACUGAAGCCCACAACACAACAGAUGGGCGAUUUGAGGUAUUUCUCCGUUUUGUUGCUGGGCUCUCCAACCCAAUGACGGCUCGGGGCCUGGAGGAGUUUCUGGGUCCAUUUCCUCAUGAAACAACCUGCCGGGUGAUUGACUGGGUGAAGGAGGAAGUUAAACGCCAGAGUGGAAACACAAAGAGUGAAGCUGGUAAAAGGAGCCUCCUGAACACAUUGCACUACCUGUAUGAGUCUCAGAAUCGUCGUCUGGCUCAAGACGCACUGGGAUCAGUGGAAACACUUUCAUUCCGUGGAAUGACACUGACCCCGAUUGACUGUGCGGUCCUGUCUCAUGUCAUCGGAUUCUGUGAUACAAUAAAACACCUCGACCUGCAGUAUUGCCACAUUCAGUGUGAAGGAAUCCAACGGCUGGGACCCGGGCUGCACAAGUGCCAGGAGUUGAGCCUUGGGUGGAAUGACCUGGGAGAUUCAGGAGUGAAACUGGUGUCUGAGGCUCUGAGGAACCCGGAGUGUAAAAUACAGAAACUGGGACAAAGGGAUGUCGAUCUCACAGAUUCUGGUGCGGAGGAUCUCGCCUCCACUCUCAGUACCAGCCCAUUACUGACGUCGCUCUACCUGGGUGAAAACUCGCUGACAGACCUAUCUGUCCCCGCUCUCCGCCGCCUCAUACUGACCCUCCCGAGCCUGGAGCGUAUCUGGUUGUGGGGGAAUCGGUUCAGUGAGACCGGAGAGGAGGAACUGAGCUCACUGCAGGGUGUCAGACCUGGACUGACAGUGAUUCUGGGCGAGUGAUCCUGUGCACAUCCCCGCUCGUGGGAGGGGUACAUUACGGCCGAUUCCCCGCCCUCCCCUUUAACUCCCGACCUUACCUUUAAUGGCCGCGUACUAGUUUAUUCCCAACGGUUCUAACGUAACCGGCUCCAGACGUGUUCGGUGACAUCGGAGCGGUCCCGCAGUGACAUAUUUCCGCCUGUAGGCAGGAGGCGCAGCUUCCGCCAGAUGUGCAGUUCCAGUUCCACCCCACCCCCCACGUGACACCCCUGAGAAUUACCCAGACAGGAAGAGCCCGGUGUCUGGGGCUCAGUCUGGGACACCGGUGUCCCGGGGUGGUACGGGGAUUAUCCUGGGAGAGAAUCUUCUUGCUCCCUUUGCUGAGGGCGGUGCAUUCGGCAGCCUGGCCGAUAUAAUGAUGUUAAAUGGACAAAUCCCUCGGCAGUGACCCUGGAACUGCAGCGAUAUCGGACACGGCCCUGAAGUGAGUUUAUAAUCAUCGGUUCCCCGAUGCAGAGUGACGGUGAGAAACGGGACUGAUUAUUCAACCUUUCACCCGUUGUCGCCGGUCGGUUAAUUAUUUGUGACUGUGAGUGAGUCGGGAGCACGUCAACAGUUCACACAUUGUUUAAUUUACAUUUGCCAUGAUGAAAUCAAUAAA